AUGGAUGAUAAUGUCGAUGAUGGUGAUGAUGAUGAUGAUGUUGAUGAUGAUGAAUAUAAUGAUACGUUUUCCGAGCCUGAAAAUACGCCCUUUAUGUCACAGUAUCCAGAAAUAGCUCAGGAACCAGUGCAGAAGUUUUUGACAACUACCAGCGAAAUAGACGAGCAAGCUAAAUCUCGACUAUCAACCUUUGGAAGAUGAUGUUCAAUAAUAAUCAUGGCUUAUAAGUACCUACAUGCUGAGUAGGCAUAUAUAUAAAUGUUUAAAAAAAUUUUCACACACACACACAUAAAUAAAUAAAACAACGAAAUUGUAAUUUCACAUGUACUAAACAUAAGCAAUUAUCUACAUAGUAGGUACAUUGUUUCAAUACAUAAUAUAUAAUAUAUAUAUAUAUAAUGCCCCCACGGAAGUGUGUCAAUACUCUCUGGAAUUAAAUAACGUUCAUCGUCAUACGGACUUAAACUAGUUU